UUUCAAGUCUUUUGAACGAUUUUCAAUAGCAAGCUGCCGUUUUAAACUUUUUAUGUUUCAAUAUGGUAAUCUAUUAGACCUUCAUACAAACAAGAAUCAAGACCACAUGAAGCAAAUUCUUAGCGGGGAGGCAGUAGUGGAACAAAGAUAAGGGUUCCAAAAUCCGAAUCGACGCCCAAAACCUUGCAAAAUUACUGCAAAGGAUAUUCAAAGUUUCUCUUUGCGAAUGUUGUUGAGAUUAACUGAGAAGAAAAAUUGGAGUUUUAAAAAGUUUUCAUGACUAUGGAGAAGGAAAAGCUCCUUAGCGGGGCAAGGGAUACUGUGGCAAACGAAACCACAGAUGAUGAACAACACGAGACGCCUGAAGAGUACAAAUCAAGAUGGAGGACAAUUAGAAUCACUUACUUAACUCAGGCACUCAGUGCAAUGGAAUUUGAAAUCAUUUUACCAUCAAUUUGGCCUUAUCUGCAAAAGGUUGACCAAGACGUCAAUGCUCAGUUUCUGGGUUUGGUAGUUAGUGGUUACAGCAUUUUUCAGAUUAUUGGUGCCAUUUUGUUUGGUGCUUGGUGCAGGUACCGUCCAGCUAUCGAGCCAUUGUUGGCAAGCGCUUCGCUUCGCUUUAUUGGGCAUUUCUUGUACCUGUGUGCUGAAAACUAUCCUGGUUUUGAUGGAAAAAUGUUGAUUUUGUUGGCAAGGCUCAUUGUUGGUUUUUCAGCAGGAGAUGUAGCUGUUUGUCGUACUGUGGCUUCCCAGUCAACUGCGAAAAACGAGAAGAACAAUGCAUUGAAAGUCCUGGUUGCAUUGGAACAAUUUGGAGCUGCAAUGGGUCCAGCUUUGCAAGCUGUAGCCGUACCCCUGCUUGGCAAAGGACUACAUUAUUCGUUUGUGAAUAUUGACAUUUUCAACAUUGCUGGAUGGAUCGGAAUAGUGACGACAGUUUUCAGAAUAUUCAUCACUCUUAUCUGGUUCAAAGAACACAACAUUGAUGUGAAAGACAGCACAGGUGAUCUUCCAAAGCCUAACAUGCGUGCUGCUUUGGUUACGAUAAUAGCCUUUUUCAUCCUUUAUUGUGAUGUUUCAAUGAUUGAAACUAUGACAAGUCCAUUGCUUGCAGACGAGUUUGCCCUGCGAAAAGACGAAGCAGUUCUGUACGCAGGGAUAGCCCUGUCUUCAUUAAGUAUAAUCAUCUUGGCAGCUUACAUCAUCAUCAGACGUAUACAAAACAGAUUUCGCGAAAGGACCAUUCUUUUUGUCGGGUUCGUCGUCUUGCUCCUGGCAUUUGUUGUCUUCUUGCCUUGGGGAAGUGAACGCCAUAAACUUCAAACGAAAGAAGUAGUUAUUGUUGGAAAUGUUCCAAAGAUAAUACUGUCUCUCGGUUGCCCAAUCAAGUACAAUUGGUGCAAAACCACGCCCAAGAUACACCCAAUUCAAUUUGCUGUUGGGAUAUUCCUUGGAUUCGUUGGCUUUGUUAUGCCCCAGAUUAUCAUCAAUCUACUAUACUCGAAAAUAAUUGGACCAAGGAAACAGGGUUUGUACAUGGCCUUCUUCAGCUGUGCUGGCUCACUUGGAGAUUUUGCCGGACCACUGGUAACGACUUCAUUGUAUGCACAUUUUGGACCAAGAGGAUUGUUUCUUUGUGCAGCGAUUGUAAACUUGAUAACUGCUACGAUGAUUGCAGGUUUCCAAACAAUAUUAGUUCCAUUCGAAGAAUAUGUUAAAGUACCUAUCGCUGAUGAAUGAUAAUUUUAGUAUA